AACCGGGUAUGCAGACUGCAGCCGCAAUAUGUGCUCACGGACGGCAUCCCGCCUCUCUGGUGAUAUUUAACUCGUGGACGCCCCUCGUGUCUCUCUCUUCUGUUGACGCCAUCACCCACACGCCAUCCCAUCCACCCUUGUCUUGUAUCUGUAGGUUCUUGUGCAGAGACAUUAUACAGACGCCAUGGCGGUUAAGUCAGCCCUGUUUACGGCAUUGCUGCUGUCGUCUCUCGCCGCAGCCCAGCAGAUCGGCACGGCCAUACCAGAAAUCCACCCGCGGCUGACAACACAGAAGUGCACGCUGGCCGGAGGCUGCAAGACGCAGAACACGUCUGUGGUACUCGACGCCUUCUCUCGGACCCUGCACAAGAUCGGCGACCUGACGCAGACCUGCACCGUGGGCGACGAGAUUUGCGCUGACGCCGAGACGUGCUCCAAGAACUGCGCGCUCGAGGGCGUCGACUAUGCGGCCCAUGGCGUUGUCACAAGCGGCUCCUCGCUGACGCUGAACCAAUGGCUGAAGGGCUCUGACGGUCAGUACGUGACCGUCACGCCACGCACGUACCUCGUCGCCGAGGACGACAAGAACUAUGAGGACCUCCGCCUGCUCAACGCCGAGCUGACGUUUGACGUCGACCUCUCCAAGCUCGUGUGCGGCAUGAACGGCGCUCUGUACUUCUCUGAGAUGGAGACCAACGGCGGCCGCAGCGCCCUGAACCCGGCCGGCGCCGAAUACGGGACCGGCUACUGCGACGCCCAGUGCCCGACGCUGAGCUUCAUCAACGGCGAGGCCAACCCCAACAACGAGUUCGGCGCGUGCUGCAACGAGAUGGACAUCUGGGAAGCCAACGCGCUGGCGCAGGUGUACACGCCGCACCCGUGCCGGGCGACGCGGGUGGAGAAGUGCGCGACGGCCGAGGCGUGCGGGCAGCCGAAGGGCGUGUGCGACAAGUGGGGGUGCGGCUUCAACCCGUACCAGCACGGCUUCGCGUCGUACUACGGGCGCAACGGGACUGUCGACACGAACCGCGUGUUCACUGUCACCACGCAGUUCCUGACCGACAACGGCCGCGCCGACGGCGAGCUGGCCGAGAUCCGCCGCCUGUACGUGCAGGACGGCCUGCUGAUCCAGAACCAGGCCGUCGCCGUGGCCGGGAAGCAGGUUGAUAGCAUUACCGACGCCUACUGCAAUGCCACGUCGGCGUGGACACAGCAGCGCGGCGGGAUCGCCCAGAUGGGCGAUGCCAUUGGCCGCGGCAUGACGCUCAUCUUCAGCAUCUGGGCCGACGCCGGCGGUUACAUGACGUGGCUCGACAGCGGCAAUGCCGGCCCGUGCAAUUCUACCGAGGGCAACCCCGCGCUCAUCGUCCAGCACACCCCCGACGCCGCCGUCACCUUCUCCAACAUCAAGUGGGGCGAGAUUGGCAGCACCUUCAAGGCCACGGCUUAGGGAUGAGGGCUGUGUGUGUAGGUAUGCAAGAGGCACGAUGUUUUAUAGUCAGCUACGCCGGAAGAUGACUCGGCAGUCUUGGGAUUGGAGUACUAAAAUUGGAUAGCAUAAUCCUUCUUCCCCACCCUGGCGCCCUUCGGGAUAUAUAUAGAGAAACUGUUGGACAAGAGACAUCUUUGCGUUGCUUUCUUGUACCCGCCCUGAGAAUCUUUACAAUUAUACGUUUUUUAUUUCAUAUUUUCCAGAUGACACCCCUAGUAGACUUUCGCUGGUCUCUAAACGCAGAACUCGAAGCACGGCCAGUUUGUUAUA